GAAUAUAAGACGAGGAUUCAUUAUUCGACACGAACUUGAAGGGGGACGAGAUUAUGAAGUGCGUGUCUGGAAAGUGAGCACAGAGCGAAAGCACUCCAGAGCUGAGAUGGAAGCCGAGAAUAAGAAAGGAGGCGUUGCGUAGCCUCCAGGUUGCUAAGCCAGACAACCAUCAGAAUCGGUCUUUGGCUGAACGGUAAGCUGGCCGCUGAUAUGGAGGAAACUCAUCCAUGCAAAGGCGACAAGGGCCGUAAGCAGGUGGCAGGGCAUGUCAGGGUGACACCAGGAACCACUGCUCCAGAGGCAUGUGGCCAUGGCUGCGCCGACGAGCCAAAGGGUGGUCAGGAUGAUGAGGUCGUACCUCUCGGAGAUGAACCAGUUUGAAGGCAGGUGAGACCAGGGGAUCGUUAUAGCCGAAGUGACAAUAAGCUCAGUGAGGACGGGUUUAAAAAAGCUUUGGCUAUCGUCCAAGGGGCCUGUGGACAAGUUGCGCAACGUGUAAUGAAGCCCUGCACCACUUAGGCCGAGAGUCACUACAGCGAAAGGCCAC